CCCACACACACACUCACUCUCAAAGAGAUGAUAAGCGACUAUCAAUCUUCUUCGUCCUCUCCGAAGGAGCAGAGGCUGACCAAGCCCUCGAUGUGCCUCUCGGGCUGCUUCUCCACCAGCGUCCACCACGAGGUCCUCGGGGGCGACGACAGCGACAGGAUUCGCACGCCUCGAUCACCGUAUGCGUGGCUGAAAUUGACGGCGCACGAGCUGCCGGAGAUCCGCGACCGCUGCCGGAACCUGAUCUCGCGGCUUGGACGGAGCCGGAGGAACCACCACCAACGUAACUCCUCGGACUUCAGCUACGACCUGUCGAGCUACGCGCUCAAUUUCGAGGACGAGUACAGCCGAGACGACGAGUCGUUUCCGCUCAGGAAUUUCUCGUCCAGGCUUCCGGUGUCGCCGCCGCCGUCGUCUGCGAAGUACGUGUCUGAUUCCGCCGCCGUGCGAAGGGAAAUUGUUGCCUUUAGCUAAAGACUGGAGCGUUCUGGAAUUGAGCGGCUGCUAUAUACGAAGGAGAAUUUAACUAGUAUUAUUGUUGAAUUGUCUUCUUUUUGAGUUGAUUAAAUUAGUGAAUGUACAGAAAUUCAAGUGUAAUUUUUACAUUUUUAGGGAAAUCUUAGUCUGUUUGGCAUUAAGUUAA